ACACAGCCUUCUUCCUUAUGAAGCUCUCUAUCUUUGGCCCUCAGGUGACAAACAGCCUUUUUGUCUUGGUCACCGUGGUUCUGGCUCCCUUUUCCUCUGGGACCGUCCAAGUCGCCUGAAGCUCUUGGCGGACUCCGUUGCCUCAACGAGCUCAGAGAUGGCAGCUCCCACCAACUCCUGCCUCUUGGUCUGUCUGUUCACCCUCACGGUCCUACAGCUGCCCACGCUGGAUUCAGCAGCUCCCUUCGAUGUGACUGCCUCUCAAGAGCCAGUGCUGGCCCUAGUGGGCUCAGAUGCGGAGCUGACCUGUCGCUUUUCCCCAAACGCGAGCUCAGAGCACAUGGAGCUGCUGUGGUUCCGACAGACGAGGUCGCCAGCGGUACUUCUAUACCGGGAUGGCCAGGAGCAAGAGGGCCAGCAGAUGACGGAGUACCGCGGGAGGGCGACACUGGUGACAGCCGGGCUCCUAGACGGCCUCGCUACUCUACGGAUCCGAGGUGUCAGGGUCUCGGACCAGGGGGAGUACCGGUGCUUUUUCAAAGACCACAACGACUCCGAGGAAGCCGCUGUACAUCUCAAAGUGACUGCUGUGGGCUCGGAUCCUCACAUCAGUAUGAAGGUUCAAGAGAAUGGAGACACGGAGCUGGAGUGCACCUCCUCCGGAUGGUACCCAGAGCCUCAGGUGCAGUGGAGAACUGCCAACAGAGAGAUGCUACCAUCCGCAUCAGAGUCCAAGAAGCAUGAUGAGGAAGGCCUGUUCACUGUGGCAGCUUCAAUGAUGAUCAGAGACAGCUCCAUAAAGAAUGUGUCCUGCUGCAUCCAGAAUAUCCUCCUUGGGCAGGGGAAGGAAGUAGAGAUCUCCUUACCAGCUUCCUUCGUGCCAAGGCUAACUCCCUGGAUAGUAGCUGUGGCUGUCAUCUUACUGGCUUUAGGACUUCUCACCAUUGGGUCCAUAUUUUUCACUUGGAAACUAUACAAGGAAAGAUCCAGUCUGCGGAAGAAGGAAUUUGGCUCUAAAGAGAGACUUCUGGAAGAACUCAGGUGCAAAAAGACUGCACUGCAUGAAGUUGACGUGACUCUGGAUCCAGACACAGCCCACCCCCACCUCUUCCUGUAUGAAGAUUCAAAGUCGGUUCGAUUGGAAGAUUCACGUCAGCUCCUGCCAGAUAGACCAGAGAGAUUUGACUCCUGGCCCUGUGUAUUGGGCCGUGAGACCUUUACUUCAGGGAGGCAUUACUGGGAGGUGGAGGUGGGAGAUAGAACUGACUGGGCCAUUGGUGUGUGUAGGGAGAAUGUGGUGAAGAAAGGGUUUGACCCUAUGACCCCCGAUAAUGGGUUUUGGGCUGUGGAGCUGUAUGGAAAUGGGUAUUGGGCCCUCACCCCACUCCGGACCCCUCUCCGGUUAGCAGGGUCCCCACGCCGAGUUGGGGUUUUUCUGGACUAUGAAUCAGGAGACAUUUCCUUCUAUAACAUGAGUAACGGAUCUCUUAUCUAUACUUUCCCUAGCAUCUCUUUCUCUGGCCCCCUCCGUCCCUUCUUUUGUCUGUGGUCCUGCGGUAAAAAGCCCCUGACCAUCUGUCCAACUGCCAAUGGGCCUGAGAAAAUCACAGUCAUUGCUAAUGUCCAGGACAACAUUCCCUUGUCCCCACUGGGGGAAGGCUCUGCUUCAGGAGACAGAGAGUCUCUCCAUUCUAAACGGAUACCUUACUCACCUAGCCAAGCGGCACCGUAACAAAUAUUUUAGCUUCACGAUUUUGCUUUCCUAUGACUACUUCCUUGUGCCCCGAAGCUUUAGCUGCCAGCUUCUUCCUGGUGGAUGGAGAUUAAUUCACACUGGGAAGGUGGUAUGUGUAAUUCACAAAGCAGGAAGAAAGGCUGUCCUAGUUUGUAUUUGUACUAACAGUGGGAAGGUAGAAGCUGAAUCCUGAACUAUUUCCAGUGCUCAUAUUCUUUCAGGCCCGAGCCUAUGCAGGAGGACUUGAUAUAAUCACCUGAGGGACCAAGAGGCAAUUAAGUUGGCAUGGAAUUGUGGCAGAAACAUCUGGAAUAGGGGUAUGUGGAACAACAGGUCUUAGAGGAUACUAAGAAAGGAAGAUCUUGAGCUAAAAUCCUAUAAAGGGACUUAGAGCAGAUGUGAUAGGCAAAUGAAGUGAAUUUGGUCCAAUUAGAUACACUUGUCCUGUCCCUAGGGUUUUUCAGUUAUAUCUCAACGUUUUGUUAAUUAAAUUUUUAGACAGCUUCAUAUAUGUAUAUAAUGCAUUCUAAUUACUCCCACUCUCCUCUAUUCUGUCUUAUUUCCUUCCCCUCUCCUCAUCAAUAACCCCCUUCUUGCUUCAAACCUGGCCCAUUGAGUUUAAUGGGCUAUCAUGGGAACAUGGAUUUAGAGCUAUCCUCUGAGCUCAAGAGAGCAGGUGUGACGAAUACAAUGAUUUCCCCUCUCCUACAAUCGAUCAGCAGCCAAGAGUUGAGCUGGGAGGGGUAGGGCCGCAUGAGCCCCUCCCCUGUCAUGGCCUGUUUUAGCACCUGUGAGAUCAUAAUCGCAAGAGCCCAGAAGGAAGCAUUGCUUAGCUAUUCUCCCUCCGCUUUGGCUUUUAUGGUCUUCUGUCUUCUCUUCCAGCAUGUGUCUGAAUAUUGUAUAUUAAGUUUUCUGUGUCAUGUUCUACAUGAUAAAGGAGACUGGCCCUGCUUGUUUGAGAAUGCUGUAAGCAAUCUAGCAAGAGACAGAGAGGAGUGAAGAUGAAUAGGGCUGGAAAAAGUUUUUAAACAAACCCUCUAGGUUUUAUAUAUGUGUAUAUAUAUAUAUAUAUAUAUAUAUAUAUAUAUAUAUGUAUAUCCUCCUCUCUUUUUGACCUCCCUAAAGGUUAAUCCAACUUCACAUUAUUGACUCCACUAGGUAGGGGUGUGUGUGUGUGUGUGUGUGUGUGUGUGUGUGUGUGUGUGUUUUAAGAUAGAGGUUUACUAUGUAGCUUAGACUGGCCUUGAAUUCCCGAUCCUCCCGCCUCUACCUUCCAAGUGCUGGAAACAUAGCCACCACGCCUAGCAAGUCCAUCAGCUCUGAUUCAGCUCAGGUAGCAUCACUGUUUUAUCAGCAGCUGCAUGCUCCCUCGGCCCUCGCUGCAAUGUUUAACCACCUCACAGACACCUCCAGUUCCCUUCCACCACCAUCCUUUUCUACACUGUGCCAUCGCUCACUCAAUGCAGCCUAACGAGGUAUCCUGCCUUUUGGUCCUCAAAGUUGUACCAUGAUGCUCAACACAGCUGGACAGUUUGGUUCUAUUUUGUGUGUGUUCCAGUGUCCUCCUGUUUGUACUGGACUUGUUUUGUCAGUGGCCUGUGUGUAUAUCCAAUCUCUUCCACUUCUAUUGUAUCUCUCCUGCUACUAGAAUGGAUGUUACCAAAUAAAGAAAGAGAAUGAAACGUA